AUGUUCUCUUGCUACCUUCAGACUACUCGAGACUCAGGCCUCAAGAAAGGCAAGAGAGGAGGCUGUGGUGGUGCCUGGAGGCGCAGGAUUCACUCUUGCCUCCGACACCUCUGGCCAUUUGUCCGGAAGAAAAGAGACAUGGCCCAGGGAAGCCAGGGCCAGGGACACACUGGUCCUGCCCCAGAGGACCGGAAGGAGCCCUGUGGGCAGUCCUCCAUCAGUGCAGACAUGGUGGAAAAACUAGUGAAGCAUCUGGUGCCUUCCCUGCAGGCUGGGGACCCCUUCUUUGUUCCUGCCUUCUUGUACACAUACCGAAGGUUUGCCACCACCGAGCAGGUGCUGGACCUGCUGUUCAAGCGGUAUGAUAACUUCCGCCUUUAUUUUGAAGAAGACGAGCAAGUAAAGAAGACCAUUUGUACUUUCCUGGAUAUGUGGAUGGACAAGAAACCUGAUGAAUUUUGCCAGUCCUCAUGCCUGUCCAUUCUGAGAAAGAUGAAAGCCUACUUGAUCAAGAACAUGCCUUACUCAGACCUUAUUGUUCGUGUCCACAUGCUCCUGACCUAUUUGGAGGAACAAGGGGCCGGCGAAGCAGAGAGCAAGGAUGAGGAAGACUCAGAUGGGUGGAGCCGCACUUCCACAGAUCCAGAGCUUGACAUGUGUUAA